AGGACUGAGCAGCGCAGAGCGAGCCCUGAAGACCUCCACGCAGUUUCCAUGCCUUGGGGAGGCGCCCUGCAGGGACCGAGGGGCCAGCGGUAGCCCCGAGUCAGACUCCGUGGUGAUCCCGGUGUUCAGUGCCCUUCCCUGAGGCCUUAGCACUACAUUACCCAGAAGAUUGUGCGCCAAGGGGCAGAGACCAUAGCCCAAUGAAAGUCCAGAAAGGAGGCGUUUCCGGGUCAGCGAACAUUUCGGAGAGGGACUUCCGGCGGCUUCCUGGCGGCCAUUUUGGUUGCUGUGGAGUCCGUUGAUUGCGUGAGAAGGUCGCGUGUCCCGUGAGGGGAGCGACCUGACGGGCCUAGGGGGCGCAGGAGGAGGUUGUGUCCGCGCUGCACGGGGGCGGGUGUGAGGGUCGGGGACACCGCCGCCUGCGAGGAGUGUCGGUGCCGAGCCGACCCGGUCACUAGGCUGCGGCCACUCUGCUCCGCGCAGAGGCUCGGAUGGCGGCGGCUGCGCUGAGGGUCGGGGCUCAGGGCAGUGUGACUUUUGAGGAUGUGGCCGUAUAUUUCUCCUGCGAGGAAUGGUGUCUGCUUGAUGAGGUUCAGAUACGCCUGUACCUUGAUGUCAUGCUGGAGAACUUUGCCCUUGUAUCCAUGCUGGAUUCUUUGCAUGGAGUCGAGGGUGAAGAGACACCUUGUGAACAGAGCAUACUUUUAGAAGUGUCACAGAUCAGGACCCCCAAGGCAGCUGUGUCUCCUGAGAAGUCCCAGCCCUGUAGGAUGUGUGUUCCAGUCUUGAGAGACAUCUUGCACUUGGCUGAACACCAAGGAAGAAAUAGGGAGCAGAAAUCAUACACAUGUGGAGCAUGUGGGAAACAAUUCUAUUUCACUGCAAACCUUCAGCAGCACCAGAGGCAGCUCGUUAGAGACAAACCCUUCAGAUGUGAUCUGUGGAGAGCCUCAUUUUUGAAGACCUGCACAGCCCAUGCAUCAAGGAAUCUCUUUACCUGUAGGGAAAUUGGGAAGGACUUCUUGGCCAACAUGGGACUUCAGCAACAGGACGCUGAUCCCAGGAAGAAAGUAAACAACAGUAGUGAGUGUGGAGCUGUUUUUCAGAGUGGAAGAAGUCAUCCCAGCUGGGGAGAAUGCAGGAAAGCCUCCAGCCAGACAAAUGUGCUUGUUCAGGAUGGAAGAGCCCUCUGUAGUGAAGGGUUGGGUGAGUGCAGCAGUUGUGGGAAAGCUUGCACCAAAAAGUGUAACCUUAUUCAAGAGCUCCAGAAAGUUCCCCCUGAAGAAAACCCGUGUGAAUGCAACCAACGUGGAAAAUGUUACAGCAGGGAAUCCAGUUUCCUUACACAUCACAGAGUUCAUACUGGAGAAGGGCCUUACAAGUGCAGCGAGUGUGGGAAAUCCUUUCGCCGAAGCCUCCACCUCAGUACGCACAGGAGAAUCCACACUGGAGAAGAGCUUUAUGAGUGCAAGGAAUGUGACAAAUCUUUUAUCCGGAGGUGCAACUUCACUCAACAUCAGAGAGUUCACACUGGAGAAAGGCGUUACGAGUGCAAUGUAUGUGGAAAAUUUUUUAGCAGGAAAUUCAGUUUUCUUAUACACCAGAGAAUUCAUAGUGGAGAAAGGCCUUACAAGUGCAGUGAGUGUGGGAAGUCAUUUAGCGGAAGCCACCACCUCAGUGCCCAUAGGAAAAUCCACAUGGGAGCAAAUCCUUACGACUGCAAGGACUGUGAUAGAUCUUUUAUCCGAAGGUGCAACUUUAUUCAACAUCAGAGAGUUCACACUAGAGAAAAGCCUUAUCAGUGUAGUGAAUGUGGCAAGUGUUUUACCUACUAUUCCAGAUUCCUUACACAUCAGAGAGUUCACACUGGAGAAAGGCUUUAUGAAUGCAGUGAAUGUGGGAAAUUUUUUAUCAAAAAAUCCAGUUUUCUUAUACAUCAGAGAGUUCACACUGGAGAAAGUCCUUAUGAAUGCAGUGAAUGUGGAAAAUUUUUUAGUAAUAACUCCAGAUUCCUUACACAUCAGAGAGUUCACAGUGGAGUAAAGCCUUAUGAGUGCAGUGAGUGUGGGAAGUCUUUUACUUCUAGGUCUAGCCUCUGUUACCAUCAGAGAGUUCACACUGGAGAGCGGCCUUUUAAGUGCAGUGAAUGUGGGAAGUCUUUUAUUGGUAGAUCUGGCCUCCGUUAUCAUCAGAGAGUUCACACUGGAGAAAGACCUUACGAAUGCUGUGAAUGUGGGAAAUUUUUUACCAACAACUCCAAGUUCCUUAUACAUCAGAGACUUCACACUGGAGAAAAGCCUUAUGAGUGCAGUCAGUGUGGGAAAUCUUUUUCUGCUAGGUCUAGCCUUCGAUAUCAUCAGAGAGUUCACACUGGAGAGCGGCCCUAUAAGUGUAGUGAAUGUGGGAAAUCUUAUAUUGGUAGGGCUGGCCUCGUUAAUCAUCAGAGAGUUCACACAGGAGAGCGGCCUUAUACAUGUAGUGAAUGUGGGAAAUCUUUUAUUUGUAAGUCUGGCCUCCUUUAUCAUCAGAGAGUUCACACUGGAGAAACCCCUUAUGAGUGCAAUGAAUGUGGGAAAUCUUUUACCGAUAGAUCUGGCCUUCGUUAUCAUAAGAGAGUUCACAGUGGAGAAAAGCCUUAUGAGUGCAGUCAGUGUGGGAGAUCUUUUACUGCUAGGUCUAGCCUGUGUUAUCAUCAGAGAGUUCACACUGGAGGAAAGCCACCUGAGUCCAGUGAAUGUGGGAAAUCUUUUACUGAUAGGUCUGGCCUCCUUUACCGUCAGAGAGUUCCUAGUUGAGAAACACUUUAUGAGUGCAGUAUGUUACAUCUUUUUUCCAAGAGAGCCAUUUGCUUCAACAUGAGAAAGUUCACAAUGAAGAAAUGACCUUGUGAAUGUAGAGAAUAAGGAUGGCACUGAGGCUGUAGGAGUUUGAGGUAAAAGGGUUGGGAGGAUGGAGGUGCGUUAUUAAUUGUGCAGGCAAAAGACCAUUUCUAGGGAGGAAACUGAGGCUCAGAGAGGGUGUGUCAUUUUGUGAACUCUCAGCUUGGACAGGGAUUUAGAAUUCAGUGCCAGGUAGCCUGGUUCAGGGCAUGGAGAUUCUGGUCACUGCACUCUUCUUUCCCUCCCAGCUCAGCUCAAAGAACCUAAAAGAACACCUUGUCCAUCCUGACAUCCUGUUUCCCCACCCCAGGCACCCUGCUCGUACUGCCAUCUCUUGCUGAUGGACAGGACUAUGCUUUCAUUCAGAACCAACAUUGAUAGCUUUUUGUAAAUGACUCCAUUUAUCUACACAACCUACCGAGUGCUCAGAGUCUUGUUAUUGUCCUCAUUUCUGAAACUUGGCAUCUGUUGCUCAGAGAGUUUAAGGGACUUCCACAAGGGGACACAGCUGUCGAGGAAUUGAUGAGUGUGGUUCCUCAGGACGCCACAUCUGCUGGCUUCAUCCUGUCCUUCCCAGCGUGGACUCCAGGGAUCCUCUCCUGCCCAGACACAUCUGCUUUUCCCUGAUCAUGGCACCCCUUGUGCAUCUCCACGAGGACGUCCACUUCCACCUCCCCCAUACACAUUUCCUUUCUGAGAACACCUCUCCUGUGUAGUUCCUAACAGGGACAGCAGCACUAACACAGGCAUCCCCAGAGGGUAUGUGGUGUCACCCCAGAAGUGAUACUGCUUUCAGUUGCCAUAUAUAGUUAUUUAUUUCCAAGGACUUGUCCAUCUUCAAAAAUCUUCCUUCAGGAUGUCCCUGUCACCCAGUUUCUCAGUUGAUGAGGUCACUGGCCUGGGUACUGUGAGGCAGUGGAGGACUGAGUGUCCACUGUGGCUCUCGCAUGUCCCCAUCCCCAGGGCUCUUCCCUGUCACCCCUUACCUGGCCCACUGCUCUUCCCACCUUACCAGGAAGAUGUAAAUCGCCGAUUAAUGAUUAUUAAUCAGCAGGAACUUUCCCCCUCUGCCUGGAAACACACUUCAUCAACCUUAUGUUGAAAGAUAACACUGCUGCUCACUUCAGUGAAGACUAUAAAGCCCCACUCUAAAAUCAUGAGUUUAAUUGCAUCUCUCCCGGGAUUCUUGAAGUUGAGUUUCUUUCAUAUGUCUAUUUUUUGCCUGUGUGUCUUGUUUAGUUAAGUUUCUGUUCCUGUAUUUUUCCUACUUAUAAUUUUUUGAAUUUUGGCUAUUUUUUCUUUCAUUGACAAUUAGAAGAAUAGGAAAUAGCAAAGACAUCUUUGGAAUUUCACUCGUUGAGCAAUAAUAUGAAUGACUACUUUUCUACAUGGAAUAGUGAUUUGGAAUACUAAAAUAAUAUUUUCUUAUUUUUCUUCAAUGUCCUAUGCAAAAUGUAAUGGCCACAUACUUUAUACACAUUUAAGAUCAAUCUGUAUUAUUAACAUAUAGUCCCUCACUCUUUUUUUUGGGACGGGGGUUAUUAGGUUUAUUUAUUUAUUUAUGUUUUAGAGGAGGUAGUGGGAAUUGAACCCAGGACCUUGUGCAUGCUAAGCAUGCACUCUACCGCUUGAGCUGUACCACCCCCCAUCACUCACUCUUAAGUCCAGACAUUCGAUAACAGAAUCAAACCCUGGUUUGUAAUGUUUACCAAUUUCCCUACUUCCCUGGUGUAAAUACUCCCAACGUAGGCAAUGUCAAAUUACCAAACUGUCACGGAGCAUGGAGUUCAGAAGCAUUCCCAGUAGCCCAGUGUGUUCUGUUUCCAUCACACUAGGUACCUUAGCUGCAGAUAAUUUUAAGAAUGUAACUAAUAAACCAUAGUACAAUGAUGAUAAAGUGA